ACUCACUGCUGUAUUGUCGGCGUUCAGGGUACAGGAGAACAUGGACGGUUAUUAACAAAUGCAUUUUCUUUAUUGUUUGCCAUCUUUCAGUGGUCUGUUGUUACUUCACUAAGUCAUUUUGCACCUGCCUGGACUGUUACUGAUUAAAGAUAUCUGUGGUAAAGUGAAGAAAUGUUUGCAAUGUAUAGUAUUUUUGAAAGCACAAUUAAAUGAAUCCCACCAGUGUUACUUCUCUUAUUAAACCUCAGAGUAUUCCUAAAUCAACAGGCAGUGGCAUGAUGCCAGGUGUGACUGUUCACCAUAGUAUCAUAGGAGGGUCUGACUCAAAUACAUUGUCAAUUUCUGGACAUGUGAUCACUCAUGUUAACCCAUUAGUGGGUCCCAUGGGUGAUACCCCUCUCACUAUCCAAGGGUCAGGCUUGCGUUCUGUAAACCCAAAUUUGAAUAAUUUGACUCCAAACAAGCCUACCAAUACUAUCAGCUCUACAGGUCCUGUCCCCAUCAGCACAGCGCCCCCUGCUGGUGGUGGCAGCUCUCAGCCCACCGAAACCAUGGCAAACACCAAAGAGAAGACUCCCAUGUGUCUAGUGAAUGAACUAGCACGCUUUAAUAAGGUCCAACAUCAGUAUCGUCUUAUAGAUCAGUCUGGCCCUGCUCACAAGAAGAAUUUUACUGUUGUACUGAAACUUGAUAAUGAAGAAUAUACAGCUACAGGACCUAGCAUCAAGAAAGCACAACAUGCAGCUGCUGCUGUAGCUUUGGAUAAAACAGCCCUAAAACAUCCACCUCCAAAGUGUCAAAUUAAAAAUCAGGGACCCAUGACUCCCACUGUGGAGUUGAAUGCUCUUGCUAUGAAAAGAGGUGAACCUGCAAUAUACCAGAUAAUUGAACCACCCCGUUCCCCUUUUAUGCCAAACUUUAACUUCCGUGGAAUGUACAAUCAACGUUAUCACUAUCCAAAGGUUCCUCCAACCUGUUAUGUAGCUUUGAAAGUUGGAAACAGUCAGUUCUUUGGAGAAGGAAUAACAGUACAAGCAGCAAGACAUGCAGCAGCUGAAGAGGCUUUAAGAGCAUUAAAAGAAAUACCUUUACCAGAAAAUGUAACCAAGCAUAACGAGGUAACAAAAUCAGAAAAUGAAACUCCAGAGCUUGAUCAAAACAUCGAAAUAAAAUCUCCCAUUAGUUUGGUCCAUGAAGUUGCCUUGAAAAGAGGCUUUUCAGUCAACUUUGAAGUAACUAGAGAAAGUGGCCCACCCCACAUGCGUACCUUUGUCACCCGCUGCACUGUCGGGGAGCUGGUGACAGAAGGAGAGGGAAAUGGGAAAAAAGUAUCAAAGAAAAAAGCAGCAGAGAAAAUGUUGGAAGAACUGCGGUUGUUACCUCCUCUACCUGUCAUGCAGCAGAAAGUUAAAAAAAAGCCAGUCAUUAAAAAGAAAGGACGGAACUUAAUCAAGGAACAAAAGGCAGACCCACAGUAUGGUCAAGGAAUUAAUCCCAUCAGUCGACUUAUUCAGAUUCAACAAGCUAAAAAGGAGAGAGAACCCAUUUAUGCUGUCAUAGCUGAACGUGGUGAGCCCCGUCAGAGAGAAUUUCUUAUGCAGUGUGUAGUUGGUAACUAUACUACAAAAGGAAGUGGUCCUAACAAAAAGACAGCCAAGAGAAAUGCAGCUGAUGCCAUGUUACAGUUGAUGGGGUAUUCUCGCCCACUGCCGGGGAAACCAGCAAUCAAACCUUCAACGGCAAGGAUUGAGGAUGGUCAUAUGUUCCAAAGUCAGGAAAUUGAAAAAAGAAAAGUUACAUUUCUGGAACAUGAUGUUAUCAACGAGAAACUUGACGGUGAAGGGAAGUUAGGAAGACAGCUGGUUCCAGGAUUGUUGCUGAUGCCUGACACCACUGGUCUGACUGGUGAUCAGCCCCCUGGGCAAGGGUAUACUGGCCUGAAUAGAGCACCUGGUGGACCAUUACAACAUCAAGAAGUUGUGAACAAAAUGACUAUUCAGAAAACAUCAGCUAUUGCCAAAGAACUACUUGAUUGUGGAGCUUCACCAACUGCAGAAGCUCUUUCCAAAUCUGGACCCAAAACAGCAGCUGCACAAACUCAGACUACGGUAAGACCAAAACAGCAGCUUAUGUACUUAGCAGAAGUUCUAGGGUUUCAAGUUCAUUUCCGAGACUUUCCUAAGGGUAAUAAAAUGGAAUACUUGUCACUGGUAUCACUAUCGACAAAUCCUCCCCAUGUCAGUCAUGGCUCUGGUCCUACCAUUGAUACCUCCCAUGACCAGGCUGCUCUUAGUGCACUGCGUUCACUUGCAGAACUUGGUUUAGAUUCAGUGACAGAAGGAGUAAAAGCUGAACAUGUAAACAUCUCUCCUGGUGAUGGGUAUGUUAAUAGUAACAUGUCAAACCUAUUCGUAAAUAGUAAUGACAGUUUAAGUGUAAGCACUAUGGGAUCAUCAAAAUGUGUGAAAUGGCAACAGAAAGACUUUCAAUAUAGGAGGCAUAUUUCAAACGUCCAGGGCACUGCACCCAAGCUGGCAUGCUCCCCGACAAGCAAUGGCCUCGGCAGUAACGUCAAGCCGGGGGCUUCAGUUUCCGUUACUGUCAAGGGCGAACACUGAAGGAUAACAGGCCUAGCUCAGGAAUGGGCACCAUAGUGAACUUAAGUCUCAACACUCCCCACUCUGAGCCAGGCUUUGAAUCCAGAUGAUCACAUAUGAAGACAACAGCAUUUUGUGUUUUAUCCUAUUACAUAAGAAAUAUCUAAGGUGGUCUUCUUUCAGACGGUUUCAGUAAAAGAAAAUUCGUGUCUUGACUCAUCUUCCCGACUUGCUUUUACUAAAUAAGAAAUCUGAAAGAAGCUAUGAUUUACACUAAAACAAUAGUUUUACAUUUCUCUUGUUUUAAUUGUUCGUAAGAUGCUGUUAAUUGUUACAGUAUAAGAAAGGAUGCAUUUGUUGUUUUUAUGAGGAAAUUCGUAAGUCACUAAUAAGAGAAUCAUUUAUGUGAGGCAACUGCAGUGUUACCUAGGGUAAUUUAUGGAAGUUAAAAAUUGUAAAAUGUGUGAUCACCUCUUUAUUAUUGCGAAGUCGUUUUUGGAUUUUCCCGUAUAUGUAUUGACUGUGCUACAAACUUUUUCCUAACUGUAGCGAAUGGUCCGUAGAAACUCGUUGAUGCAAUGUACAUUGUGUGAUGUACACACAGUUCCUUUUAAAUGUAGUAAUAUUUAUGUUAAAGAAAAAUGGAUAUUAUAUGAAUAAAUCUUUGCCUUAGAUCUAAAAUUCUUAACAUAAAUAUUAAUUCUAAUUCCAGAGAUAGAAGCAGAACUUAAGAAAAAUAGGAAGGAUUUAAUCCUAUUGCAUGUUACUGUUCAUUAUAAAUUGUGUAUGUUAUACAAGGAAGUACACCAUGGGCAUAUAAUUAUGAUAUUUCUGUGUAUCACGACGUAUGUAAAUAUUCAGGAAAGUUGUCACUCUCUAGGCUUGACUUUAUUGUUAAUAACAUUUAGAUAAGUUAUUUAUAGUGUAGUCAGAUCAUUUAUGAAAAUACCAACCUGUUUUGUUUUCAUGUAACAAUUUAUCAUGUUUUUUCUACUGUGAUGAAUGUAGAGAUGAUAUGGUUAUCUAGUACAACAUUUAUUCAUGUUCUUAAUGUGUUGCAUGACAGUCUUUAUUGAGUGACGUGUUUGCUAGAUGUAGACAAUGUAGGUAGUCAUUAAUACCUGAUGAAAAACAUCACAUCUUAUGAUACUACUUACUUGUUCUGAUAAUUUUAUUUGUAAUGUAUAACUGUUUUCUUGUGACAGCAUGUACGAGUAACAUGAAUAGUAUCAAUGCCUUUAAUGAAGAUUUUCUGGUUGAUCUAUCAUUGGAACUAGUAAUGCUUAAUGAAGUUUAUAAAAAAAAAAGUCUUGGUUUGUUGAAUUGAAAAAGUGUUUUUAUCGAGCUGUACUUAUUUUAACGUAACUGAAAAAUUAAGCAAAUAAUUACAAAUCAUGCAUUUUAUGGACAUGAUACAAGAGAAAUCUAAGAACUUGUAAUCUUGAUGUUAAGUUUUGUUUACAUGACGUGUGAUGUUACCUUUAGGAGUAAAUGUAUGUCUAGUAGCCAUUCAUUUUGUUUUUUAACUAAGGGAUAAACUUGGUACGUGGUAAAUUGUACAUGAACAAUAGAAUUGUGGAUGUGCUAAAGUGAAGUAGAAAGAGGUAAGUAUGGGUUUUUUCAGGCCAGAUUCAAGAUAAGUCUGUGCGUAGCGUACCUCCAUACGCAGAUAUGACAACUUGCCUGUGUACUUCCUUGUUGUUGUCUUCAUGUCUUAUCAUUCAUUUACCUUAACAAUAAAAAAAAUAAACCAGAA